AGCGACGAGGACGACGGGCGUGGUGGUGAUGACGUGGCGCGACGGCGGCGAUCCCGUCCGAGACGAUGAUGACGGGGCACAAUGACGAUGAUCACGAUGAUGACGAUGAUGACGUGGCACGGCAGCGACGAUCUCGACGAUGGUUGAUGAUGGCCAGCGGGAGUGGUGCAAGUGGUCCGAUCUACGGCGGAGGGGUGGUGGGAUCGCCAACGUUGGGAGGAGGAUCGUCCCGUGUCGGUGGGCCGACGAAUGGGUGUCGUCCACCGGUCCCGAGUUCCAUGGGCGUCGGGCCACUUGGCGAGUCGUCAAGGGCAGUGACACCCAUCCGGUCGUCGGUAUCUUCACCUACAAUGCGGCAGAGGGCGACCGCAAGUGCUGCAAUCAAUGAUGGGACUCCACCGGAAGACAUCGGGAGGCAGGCGUGGGAGAACUGCCGCCUACAGAUGCGGCGUGCUGCCACGGAGAACAUAACCACCAGUGUGUCCAGGCUUCAUGUGGGGAGCGACGUGGAUGCGGACAACGGCCGUCGGGCGAGUGGGGACGAGUCUCCGGAUUCCCGUUACGAAGAGGACGCGGAAGACGGUGAGGGGCUGGAGAUCCGACCCGUGGCUGCGCGUGGUGGRCRGAGGGGRGGACGCGRACGUSAGCAGAGGGGCRAGUCGCGUGGUGGYCGAGGAUYGAGGGYUCCUGUGGGCGACAAGGGUGSCAAGCACCCAGCUUGGAGUGUGGAGGAGAUGCUGAAGCUCGCUCGAGCGAAGCGGGAUCAGCAAGCUCAUUUCGAGGGAAUGCCACACAACUACGGCCGCAUGCGCAACAGGGAGUGGAAGCUGCUGGACCUGCAGAAGCGGCUGGCGGAGGUCGGAGUGGACAGGACAACGGACGACAUAGGGAAGAAGUGGGACAACGUCUUCCAGCAGUACAAAAAGGUGCAGCGUUAUCAGAACAUGUCCGGUGGGAAGAAGUUCUUCACGUUAACUCCUGCAACGAGAGCGGGGGAGGGUUUCAACUUCCGAAUGGAUGAGCGAGUCUUCAAUGAGUUCGACAACAUGUCGAAAAAUAACAAGACCAUCUACCCGGACAACGUGGCAGACACGAGCGCACGCGGAGGAGUGCCGCCAGCAAUGGAUGGUCACCGCCAGGCGGCCGUUGGUGGAGAGUCCUCUGCUGGUGGAGAGGGGGGUGAUGGCAUUGACGAAGAUGUGGGUUCAGCGCGGGAGACGGGGUUCAGUGCAGGGAGCACGGGCACUCCAGCGAAGAGGAAGAACAUGCGGCAGCAGACCUUCGACGCCAUCGCCGAAGUCAUGAACAAACACGGUGCAUUGAUGGCGGACACGGUAGCGGGUGCGAGCAAACGGCAGUGUAGCAUCCUGGAGUGGCAGUGUGACAUCCUCGACCAGGAGGUUGAAGCCCAGAAGCGCCAGUGUGACAUACUGGAGAGGUAUUACACGGCGUCCGAUGAGGCGAACAAGAUGAUGUGCACGAUGAUCUGUGCGCCGAGGGAAGGGAAAUGCCGCAGCGAGCACGAUAAAGGUCCGCGCGAGCGCGAUCUUCUCCCAGUCUUUUGCUUCUCGACUGCGCGCAAAGCCACGCGUGGGGUUCCCGUUGUGCUGCGCGGGGAGCUGAACAUCGCCCGCGCAAGACGAUCCCUGGCGACUUCCUUUCGUGCACUGCGGCAGUCCGUUUUCGAUCACGGGGCGUGCGCAUCCGACCGUCAGCAAAUGGCGCCACGUGGCCAGCAGAAGGCGAAAUGUCCACACGGUGGUUACGGCGAAGCGAGUGCAGGGCAAACAGGAAGGGGCCACAUCCCGAAGUCGAAGAAGCUCCGCACGGGAGACGGGUCGGAAGGAGAGAUGGGGGGUGACGGGGGAGAGGAGGAGACGCCUAUGGACAUCACUUCGAAAGGGACGCCUGUGCUCGGGUUCGGGCAUGACAAUAUGAGCAGGCAGCGUAUGCUUGCGCUCACCAACCUUGGCGUCAUGACGUCCACGCGCGGCGGCGGUGGCGAGACGGCUCGUGCGCAAGGAGUUUCGUCUAGUGACAUUCCGCCGCAGAGGGCCGUGGGUGAGUCUCCAUCGCGCCACGUGGAGGCGUCGAACCCGACGAUCAUUGCCGCUUCGCCGAGGGAUGUGCUUCAAUCCACACAAGCAGCGAGCGUUGCUGGCCAGGUCGCCGCCCUCGGUGUUGGAGAAAGGCGAGAAGAUAGGAGGGUGGAAGAGGCGGGGAGAAAACAGGAGAGGAGGGAGGAGACUCCGCGCGGGGAAGAAGAGGACGACCAACCUCUGAGCGUGAGGAAGAAAAGGUCCUGCCAAGAGGAGGAGUUGGAGGCGAAAUCGAAGCUGUGGGUAGACGACAAAGCGUUCUGGGCAACAGGCCUCGGACGGAUGAUCGCGGACGCGGUGCAUUCCUGCGCAGACUACUUAUGCGUGAUCGUCAAUGGAGAUGCAGGCGCCAGCGCUCCGCAAGGCCUCAUGAUGCCGCCCCCCGAAGUCCCUCGCGUGCGGAUCGAAGAUGGCGUGCAACGAGAGCUAGCUCUCAGACGGGCGAGACGAACGGAGAACGUGGCAAUGUGUGUCUUCCACGGGUGGAUAUUCAGGUCGUCUUCAAGGUUCGAUGGUUUCGCCCGCGCGGAGUCCUACGUCGCCACAGAUUACCCCACCGACCUGGCUAGUGCAGUUUGGCAGAACUUCGAGUGGUCGAGGAUAGUGCCUCCCGCCGUAGUUUACCACACGGUCGCUUUGAAGAUGGACAUCCCAGUGUGGUUCGCCGGGGCAUAUAUCGAGAAUAGGCGGGAGGACGAUGACAUGGCCGCGCACCAGGUGGCGACUGUGAUGCAUCUUGCGUCAUGCUUCCACGACGCGCUCCGGCCCGGGCAGUGGUGGGACGGUGGUAGAUUGUCACACUAGAGACUGAGCAGAAUCGGGGAUGCUUUCCGCCUGCUUCUCGCCGCGUGCAUGUGGAUC